AUGAUCACCGUCUGCCAUUACGAAUGCGAAUCUUGCAAUCGGUACUUCGGGCAAGACUCGAAAUAUGAGCAGCAUCUCGUCCAAUCGCCUUCCCAUCAUUAUUGCAAGCCAUGUCGAAGGGAGUUCGUAUCAGCGAGAGCCAUGCAAGCUCACCUUAAUCAAUCUGAAAAGCACAUGGCCUGCAGAUGGUGCCAUACCCCCGUUGGCAACCUUCGUUUACACAAUGAACAACAUCACCAGCAAUGCCCGAGAUGUAAAAUAUGGUACUCUGACCUGAAGGCGCUUAAGAACCAUUGUCUUGAUGAUCACUCGGAUGUGUAUUGUGCGCCAUGCAGAACGCUGUUCACGCAACCCAACAACAUGAUCAUGCAUCUCAGAUCUUCGACUCACCAACCGAAGAAUGCGAAAUGUCCUCACGAUGCUUGUGGAAAGACCUUUGUCAGCCCAUCAGCUCUGAUUGCGCAUUUUGAAGCAGGCACCUGCGCUUCUGGAGUGGAGCUAGAAGACGUAGAUGAAUACUUUGGCCAUCAUAUCGACCGUCAGCAAUUGUUCGUAAAAAAAGAAUUAAUCUACGCUCAACGCACUUGGAAAAUCCCAUCCAAUCAUCAUGGCCCGCUUCAAUGCCCGCUUUGCAAGAAACUUUUCGACCACGCCGGCCAGAUCGCAUUCCAUCUCAAGUCGCCCAGGCAUAAAAACUACGGUCGCAAGCCGUACACCUGUCCUUCCGAGCGCUGCGGUCAUGCUACUUUUUACUCCCUAAGCAGCUUAUUGUUGCACCGAGAGACGCGUACUUGCGAGAUGGGUUAUCGAUACGAACUUCCUAAACUACUUGAUCGAUUAUACGGCAUCAUAUCACAGCUCUAG